AUGGGUUUGUGGAGGAAUUUCCGAGGGACCAGAACGAAGACUGAUGAAGAUGAAUAGACCUCAAGGCCACGGCUCUCCUAAAGCUGGUCUAUCUAGAGAUGUUUGGCCACGACAUGUCAUGGGCCUCUUUCCACGUCCUCGAGGUCAUGUCUUCCCCCAAAUACCCACAGAAACGAAUAGGAUAUCUUGGAGCUGUCCAGAGUUUUAGACCGGAUACUGAAGUUCUGAUGUUGGCAACAAAUUUGUUGAAGAAGGUACCGGUCUUUCAGGGACAUUUGAAGGAAACCUUGCUGAGCAGAAAUUAGGAUUUGACUUCGACCUCCCCUAUCACCAUGUCCCUUCCUAUAAUCACGCUCCCCCAUAUAAUCACCCCUUCUCUGGCGCUUUCAGUUCUCUCUGAUUUACUACCACGAUUAACGCAUUCUCACCCAACAUUACGGAAGAAGACCAUUGUAACACUUUAUCGACUUGCACUCGUCUAUCCCGAGACCUUACGGCCCGCCUGGCCCAAGAUUAAAGAGAGACUGAUGGACGAGAAUGAGGACCCAAGCGUGACGGCUGCUAUCGUAAACGUGGUCUGCGAAUUAGGAUGGCGGCGGCCCCACGACUUCUUACCCCUGGCCCCUAGACUGUUUGAGCUUUUGGUGGACAGUGGUAAUAACUGGAUGGCAAUCAAGUUGAUCAAGCUGGUCAGUGAACCCCAAUAUUAGACGGAUUACAUUCGCUAAUUUAUCCAGUUUGCAACUCUCACACCAUUGGAACCUCGACUCGUCAAAAAGCUACUACCUCCUUUGACUUCCAUUAUUCGUACGACUCCAGCCAUGUCAUUACUAUACGAAUGUAUAAAUGGGAUUAUUCAAGGUGGAAUCUUGGGUAGCAGUGACGAGUCUGCAGGUGGUGAAGAAAUAGCAACACUUUGUGUGAGUAAGCUUCGUGGAAUGAUUAUGGUCGAAGGCGAUCCAAAUUGUAAGACUACUACUCUCACCCCCCUUUGGAUGCUAACAUCCUCAAGUAAAAUACGUUGCAUUGCUUGCAUUCAACAAGAUUGUCGUUACGCAUCCUUUCCUCGUUGCUCAACAGGAAGACGUGAUCAUGGACUGUCUCGAUAGUCCGGAUAUUUCCAUCCGAUUGCGGGCUUUGGAUUUAGUGGUUGGCAUGGUUAGCAGCGAAAACUUGAUGUCAAUUGUUGGGCGAUUGAUGCGUCAGCUGCGAAACUCUCGCUCAGCAACAACGGAAGAAUUGAACCAAAGACAGGCAACCGGAGUGAUCGAGCCAACAGCGGAUUCGGAUGACGAGGCUUCAGAAACUGCAAUCAGACCUGAUCGAGGGACAGAAGAACCUCUUCUUCCUGACAAUUACAAGACUGAUGUUAUAAAUCGAAUACUGGAAAUGUGCUCUAGCAACAACUAUGGUAAUCUCGAAGACUUCGAGUGGUAUAUUGAUAUCCUCAUUCAACUAAUUCGCAGCGCACCCAUUUUGAGAUCCAACUCUUCUAUAGAAGAUUCGCACUCAAUGACGAGAAACGGCUCAGAUGUAUCUGAAAGAAUUGGGGACGAAUUGCGGAAUGUCGCCGUCAAGGUUAAAGCUAUUCGACCACCGGCUACAAAAGCAGCUGAAUCGGUCUUGAUAUCGAUGUAUAACGGCAACUCAUCAUCACUUACCCCAGCAAGUGGAGCUCUUCGGCCGUUGUCAUGGGUUAUCGGGGAAUAUGCGGAGCAUUUGGACACACCCGACGGAGCGUUGACUGCUCUUGUUCAUAUAACGAGAAGCUCGUCACCUUCCGACGGGUUAAUUAUAUAUUUGCAAGCUUUACCGAAGAUAUUUGCGUUGAUGGCUGGGGAAGACCAGUUGGGUUGGAGUCCUGAGCGGAAGACCAUGGUCUCUCUUCUCAUGGCCCGUAUUAUCCACACACUAGAGCCCUUGGCUAUGCAUCCAGAUCUUGAAGUACAAGAAAGAGCCGUUGAAUUUGCGGAACUGUUGAAACUAGCUGCUGAGGCGUCGGCUGGUCAGGAUGCAUCCUCAGAUAUCGGGCAAGAUGCACCACUGCUUCUGACACAAGCUAUUCCAUCCCUGUUUUCCGGACAAGAAUUGAACUCGGUAGCCGUUGGGGCACAGCGGAAUGUUCCUUUACCAUCCGGCCUAGAUUUGGAUGAGCCCAUCAACGCAAAUCUCAGCAACCUUCUGCGGGCGGUAGAGGCGGCAGCAUUAAACGAGCCAAAUGAAGACGACUUUGAGACAUACUAUCAUAAAGCACCCCCUUCAUUACCAAAUCAAUCGCAGCCUGCAGCCAGCCGUAUUGGGACAGCUCCAGAGGAGAUAGUCAGUUCUUAUCAACAGGGAGGCGAGGAAAGUUACUUGGACCCAGAUAUUGUCGCUCGCCGACGUGCAGAGCGGUUAGAAAGAAACAAAGAUGACCCGUUCUACAUUGCUCCAACAGAAAGCUCUGGCACAUCUACGCCCCUUCACAAUAUUCUUCAAAGCAAUAAUGGUCCUGAUCUUGAUCUUGACGAGAUACCUAUCAUGCAGUUGGAUCUAGGAAAGACGGAUGUAGCUAUGACUGGACAGGCAUCCUUGAAGAGACCCAAACCCAAACCACGUCAAAGAAUUCAUAUAGCGGCAGAUGAGACUCUUGGGAGUGGGACUUCUACACCACGAAAUGAUGACUCGGAAAACAGCCUGGAAGGGGUGCAGAGGCUAAAAUCCAAAGGAAAGCAAUCCUUACUCCAGGUGGACUCGAGCAAUAUUGGUGCAUUCUCGUUGGAAGGCGAUGGCGCCGAUACUGGUAUUGACUUUGAGCGCCAGCAGCGUGAAGAAGCCGAAAUGGCCAAAGCGAUGCGAGAAGUGGAAAGGUUGCGGUUGGAGAUGCAGAGAGCGAAUGAGCGGAUACAGGCAGCCCAAGGAGUUUCUCUGGAGGGUACCGUUGUUAAGAAGAAAAAGAAGAAGGCUAAGGUUGUUGACGGCGAGCCCACGGAAGUGGUAAAGAAGAAAAAACCAAAGAAGGCACCCGCAGUGAUUGAUGAAGGCCAAGUGGGAUCUUCCAUAACAACGGAAGUUGUUAAGGCGAAGAAGAAGAAGAAGAAAAUCAAGGUGCUUGAGGAGCCGACGGAGGCUCAAGAUGUCUCUAUGGAUUCUGGAGAGCAAGCAUAG